CAAGUAUUACUUAUUAAUGAUCAAAGUAUAUGCUAUUGUUCACUUUGGAUUUUCAAUUGGUGGUGAAAAACGGAACUUCAUUCAAAAGAAUCAAAAGUAUAUACUAGUCUCUGCGUGUGUAUUUUCGGUUCGGUACUUUCCAGGAGUACACGCAUGUCGCGCGUUCCGACGACUACAAUAGUGUUGUGAAUAUAUUGUUCGUCAAUGUUUAUCAACUAUGUUGACGACCAAAACUUUCUACAGGAAGUCCAAGGGGGGAAAUAUAUUUAAGGUCGUUCGGGAACAUUAUCUCAGGGAUGAUAUCUGGUGCGGUUCUGAAGCUUGUCAAAGAUGUUCUCCACGACAAAACGAAGCUCUUCUCGAAGCAGAAAAUCCCGGAGCUACGAGUUCUCUUUUUCCGUUUUCUCACUAUUUGCUGCUCGAUACGAACGUAGUUUUAGAUCAGAUUCACAUUUUAGAAGAAGACGUAUUAAAAAAUGUGAUAAUAACGCAAACCGUAUUGGAGGAAGUACGUCACAGGAGUUCCAACGUUUACAAAAAAUUGAAAGACAUUUUAGCCAAUCCGAGUAGAAAAUUCUACAUAUUUGUCAACGAACAUCACAAGGAGACUUUUGUUGAGCGAGUUUCUGGUGAGACAACAAAUGACCGAAACGACAGAGCAAUUCGUGUAGCUACACAAUGGUAUAACUGUCACUUGGCUCUAAGUGACGAAAAGUCUAUCAAAGUGAUAUUAUUAACAGACGAUGCAGCCAAUAAAGGAAAAUGUGAAUCAGACGGAAUCUUGGCUGUGACGAUGGGAGAAUACGUAGAAUCUCUGGAAAAUUCAGGAUUCCUUUUGGACAAAUUGUGCAAACGUAGUUAUGGCCUGGAAGGCGGUUCUCGCGAACCAUUGUUCCCAUGUCAUUUGACACCAGCUGAGCUGCACGAUGGAAUUAAAAAUGGAAGAUUACUUCAAGGAAGUUUUCUCGCUUCGAGAGAAAAUUUUCUCGAAGGUAGCGUCAAUGUUGAAGGAAUGGAAAAAUUCAUACUGGUUCAAGGUCACGUGGGUUUGAAUCGAGCGGUUGACGGAGACAUAGUCGCAGUGGAAUUAUUACCAGAAGCGGAGUGGUCGAUCCCAAGUGACCUGGUACUUCAGGACGAAGGUGAGGAAGAUCCAGGCGACGUGCUCGAAGACGAAAAUGAGUUGAUUGCACAAAAGCCUGCGAAGAAAAUUGACCGUACGCCAACAGGCAAAAUAGUUGGCAUCAUAAGACGAAAAUGGCGUCAAUAUUGUGGUAUAUUGCAAUCAAAUCCGGUGAAAGGGAAUGUACGACAUUUGUUCGUACCGGCUGAGCGAAAAAUACCGAAAAUUCGGGUUGAGACGAGACAAGCUGAGACUUUGGCGAGCCAGAGAAUCAUCGUCGCCAUUGAUUCUUGGCCUCGCAAUUCGCGAUAUCCACUCGGACACUUUGUGCGUGCACUCGGAAAUGUUGGCGACAAAGCAACUGAAAAUGAAGUUCUUCUCUUGGAACACGACGUACCGCACAGUCGUUUCUCCGAUGCUGUUCUCAGCUUUCUUCCUAAACUUCCAUGGGUUAUUACCGAAACGGACAUAGCACAACGCGAAGAUUUAAGACACUUGGACAUUUGCUCGGUGGAUCCGCCGGGUUGUACGGACAUUGACGAUGCGUUGCAUUGCCGAAAUUUGGAAAAUGGAAAUUUAGAGGUCGGAGUUCACAUCGCAGAUGUGUCACAUUUUAUUAGACCCGGUACAGCGAUCGAUCAAGAGGCCGCAUCCAGAGCGACGACUGUUUAUCUCGUUGACAAGAGGAUCGACAUGGUUCCGGAAUUACUGAGCUCGAACCUUUGCUCGCUUCGUGGGAACGAAGAGAGGUUCGCCUUCUCCUGCGUUUGGGAAAUGGACCACGACGCCAAUAUUAUAAAUACGAAAUUUUUUAAAUCAAUAAUAUGCUCGCGCCGUGCUAUGACUUACGAAGAAGCUCAACUCAUCAUUGACGAUAAUACGCAACAUGAUCCAAUCGCAAUGUCCCUUCGCGGACUCAAUACACUUGCUAAAAAAAUGAAAAAGAGACGUUUGGAAAAUGGAGCUCUUGUUUUAGCAUCACCAGAAAUUCGGUUCCAAGUUGACAGUGAAACUCACGACCCCAUUGAAGUCGAGGCGAAAAAAAUGCGUGAGACUAAUUCGAUGGUCGAGGAAUUUAUGUUGUUGGCAAAUAUAUCGGUGGCGGAAAAAAUCGUUCAAGAAUUCCCGGAGUGCGCGAUGUUACGUCGCCAUCCGGAACCACCGCAGACCAAUUUCGAACCUCUUAUCAAAGCUGGAAAGCAUCAGGGCUUUGAUAUAAAAACCAACACUGGGAAAGAACUCGCUCGAUCGUUGGAAGAAGCUCAUAAAGAUGACAAUCCAUUCUUCAAUACCAUGUUGAAAAUAUUGGCAACUCGUUGUAUGAUGCAAGCAGUCUAUUUCGUUUCUGGAAUGUUACAACCUGCUGAAUUCUUCCAUUACGGUCUAGCCUGCCCAAUUUAUACACAUUUUACUUCGCCCAUCCGGAGAUACGCCGACAUAAUUGUCCACCGUUUGCUGGCAGUGUGCAUCGGCGCUGACGCGACAUAUCCGGAUUUAUUAGACAAGAAAAAGAGUCACGCUCUUUGUCACAAUCUGAAUUACCGGAAUCGCAUGGCCCAGUAUGCCGCACGUGCUUCGGUCGCGUUGAACACUCACUUGUUUUUCCGAGAAAAAGUGGAGGACGAGUCCGGUUAUAUUCUUUUCGUUCGGAAAAAUGCUCUCCAGAUCUUGAUACCAAAGUACGGCUUGGAGGGCACCAUUUAUUUGAGCAAAAAGGGCGAAGUUGGUCCAGUUACCUUUACUUACGACGAGGAAGAGCAGACACAAAGUUGUGGUGACGUAGUUUUUCGCUCUUUCGAUCCUGUCGUCGUACAGUUGAGCCUCGAUCGAUCCAACGUCCAGCAUGAAAAACUUGUAUUCAAAUUGGUCAAGCCUGAGAUUCCAGGAUUCAGUGUUCCGGGUGCGAAUGCGGUUGGUAAACAAGCAGUUGUCGAAGUUUCAAAGAGAAAAGCCGACGAAAAUGAAGAGGAAACGGCCACCGUCCCGACUCCUGGUAAAAAGAAGGGAAAGAAAAAGAAAAAGAUGCGUUAAAAAUCAAAAAUAUAUUUUUUUUACCGGAUGCAACGUUGAUGUAUGACGUUUGUAUAUUUUUUGUAUCAAUUUCAAUUUGGAUCGAAUGAAACGCGAGCUUCGUUAUACAAUAAAAAUAACUUUUUCAUUC